ACACUUGCUGAGCACCGAAGCUAGCCAGCCUAGUUCGUGCGUCUCGCUGUCCAGCAGAAUAGCACAAAAAUCCCCGAAACAGUUUGAUAUUACACCACCUCCCCGAUCCCUCUUUCCUCUCCGGUGAUCCCCCAAGUCCAGGACCAGGAAACCUCCACCCCGGACCGACCAUGGCCACCACCGACAUCCGCCUCUCCAUCGCGCACCAGACCCGUUUCGCCCUCCGCCUCGCUGCCGCCCUCUCCUCCCCAUCCGCCUCCUCCGGCUCCGCCACCAACACCGCCUUCUCCCCGCUCUCCCUCCACGUUGCGCUCAGCCUCCUCGCCGCCGGCGCCGGAGGCGCCACCCGCGACCAACUCGCAGCCACUCUGGGGGGCGACGGGACCGGCGCGGCCGAGGGCCUGCACGCGCUCGCAGAGCAGGUGGUGCAGCUCGUGCUCGCCGACGGGUCCGGCGCCGGCGGCCCGCGCGUCGCCUUUGCCGACGGCGUCUUCGUCGACGCGUCGCUGAAGCUCAAGCUGGCCUUCAAGGAGGUCGCCGUGGGCAAGUACAAGGCCGAGACCCAGUCCGUCGACUUCCAGAAAAAGGCUGCUGAAGCUGCUGGUCAAGUGAACUCAUGGGUAGAAAAAAUCACAUCAGGUCUCAUCAAAGAGAUCCUCCCCCCAGGUUCUGUUGACAACACCACCAGGCUUGUUCUUGGUAAUGCACUCUAUUUCAAAGGAGCUUGGACUGAGAAGUUCGAUGCAUCUAAAACUAAAGACAGCGAGUUCCACCUUCUUGAUGGGAGCUCAGUUCAAGCACCUUUCAUGUGCAGUAGAGACAAGCAAUAUAUUGGGUCUUACAACAACUUUAAGGUGCUUAAGCUUCCGUACCAGCAAGGUGGGGAUAAGAGGCAGUUUUCCAUGUACAUACUUCUUCCAGAAGCACAAGAUGGUCUUUGGAGCUUGGCUGAAAAGUUGAGCUCUGAACCUGAGUUCCUGGAGAAGCAUAUCCCAAUGAGAAAGGUUUCAGUUGGGCAGUUCAGAGUCCCCAAGUUCAAGAUAUCCUUUGGAUUCGAGUCAUCCAAAUUGCUCAAAGGUCUGGGGAUCCAGCUGCCAUUCAGCACAGAAGCAGAUCUUUCAGAGUUGGUUGAUUCACCAGAGGCACAGAACUUGAGCGUUUCAUCCAUUUUUCACAAGUCGUUUGUCGAAGUGAAUGAGGAAGGAACGGAGGCCGCCGCUGCAUCUGCUGCAGUGGUUACACUCAGGUCAUUUUCAAUGCCUGUGGAUUUCAUCGCAGAUCACCCUUUCCUGUUCCUGAUUCGAGAAGACAUGACUGGAGUGGUGCUGUUCGUCGGUCAUGUGGUGAAUCCCCUACUUGCUCCAUAGUGUGUUCUGAAUCCCUGCCUUGGUGUGAUUCCAUCCAUCGCAUGCAAGUUCAGGGUUUUGACAUGAUCGUGCCCCCUGUGUAAUCUGACAACUGUUAUGUUUGCGAAUAAAUAAAUGGCAUGAUCGAUCUAUGUAAGUUUCUGGAAUUAUGAAGUCCAUAAUUGUUAUAUAUGGUGGUUGCUUAUAA